AUGAAGUCGAACCCGGGCAUCCAGGCUGCCAUCGACCUCACAGCCGGGGCAGCAGGGGGUACAGCGUGUGUACUGACCGGGCAGCCCUUUGACACAAUGAAAGUGAAGAUGCAGACAUUCCCUGGACUGUACAAGGGCCUCACCGACUGCUUCCUGAAGACGUACAACCAAGUGGGCUUCCGAGGCUUCUACAGGGGAACCUGCCCAGCACUGAUGGCUCAGGUUUCCCAGAGCUCAGUUCUCUUCAUGUGCUAUGGCUUUAGUCAACAGUUUGUCCGAAAAUUGGUUGGAUUGGACGAGCAGGCAGAACUGAGUGAUCUGCAGACUGCAGCUGCCGGUUCCCUUGCCUCUGCAUUUGCUGCACUAGUCCUCUGCCCCACUGAGCUUGUGAAGUGCCGGCUGCAGACCAUGUAUGAAAUGGAGUUGUCAGGAAAGAUAGCAAAAAGCCAUAACACAAUUUGGUCUGUCGUGAAGUGUAUCCUUAGGAAGGAUGGCGUCUUAGGUUUAUACCAUGGUCUCUCGAGCACUCUACUUCAGGAAGUAAUAGGCUAUUUCUUCUUCUUCAGUGGGUAUGAACUGAGCAGAUCUUUUUUUGCAUCAGGGAAACCAAAGAAUGAACUAGGCCCUGUCCCUUUGAUGUUAAGUGGUGGAGUUGCUGGACUCUGCCUCUGGCUUAUUGUAUUCCCAGUGGAUUGUAUUAAAUCCAGAAUUCAGGUUCUUUCCAUGUAUGGAAAACAGGCGGGAUUUUUUGGAACCUUGUUAAAUAUUGUGAGAAAUGAGGGAGUAUUAGCCUUGUAUUCGGGACUGAAAGCUACCAUGAUUCGAGCAUUCCCUGCCAAUGCUGCACUAUUUUUGGCCUAUGAAUACAGCAGGAAAAUGAUGAUGAGCAACUUGGAAGCAUACUGA